AUGUCGGUAGACAGUAGCUCCGACGAAGUCUCCCAUUUGUUGCUCGCUUCCGUUCCCCCAGCUGUGGGAAAUAUCACGACACCACCACCGCUGCCAACCGACGGCCGCCGCAAGUCCAAGCACGCAAAGCUCUAUACACUGUUCGUCCCCACCGGCCGAUUUUAUCACAGUUCACAGUUGCGUGUCCCCAUUGUGCACUGCGCGGCCUGUGUGGAUGUUUACCACCGGAAACUGGCGGAAGAGAACGCCGAUACGAGCAAGCUGGAACAUGUCCACGCGGCCUACGCACCCACCGAUAUCCGCCGGACGUACCGCGACUGUAUCGUGCACUUGAGAAAAUGUCCCCACUGUCCCGACUGGGGUAUGCACAAGGAACCGUUGGAAUUUCUGGACGCUAAUUCCGACCCACAUCAGCCUCCGUCACCAAAUGCGGAAGCCAACCGGCCGCCCCGACGAUUACACUCGGAAGCAACGAAACAAACUGGAGUUAUAGCGGAGACUGUGGCUGAGCGUGAAGUGAAGCGAGUGAAAUUGCAUGUGGCGCGCGUUGAAGAGGAUUUGGCCAAAGAAAAACUGGCGCAGGAGCGUCACAGGACUGUGUUUGAAUUACUGAAGCAGCGCAAGGAACUCCAGAAUUUAGGGUAUUCGCCAGAGGAAAUUGACGAUGCUUUGCCGUUGCCAAACACCAAGGAAUCUGUGCUUUGA